UUUUUUCCAAAGCCGCCUCAUUCAUGUAUUAGACCACAUAACAUACACACCACACUAUAGACGCGAAGUUUAUCACGGAAAUAAUUUUAAUUACGAUAUUUAAAUAUUUUAUUCUAUUAUUAGUGAUAUUGUUCAAUAUUUUUUUAGUUCUGUGAAUAAAGUUGUUUUUGUGUAAUAAUGGCGAUGCAGAAUGGAUAUUCUAAUAAAAAGCAGUUGGAUGUGAUUGUUGUUGGUGCUGGAUUGGUGGGGUCUUUAGAAGCGCUGUAUCUAGCAAAACGAGGUCAUCGCGUUCGCCUAUAUGAGUUCCGGGAAGACAUCAGAAAAACACCUCAAGCUCGAGGCAGGUCUAUCAACUUGGCUCUGUCAGUACGCGGAAGACGAGCUCUGAAGGAUGUGGGACUGGAGACACACAUGAUCAAGGAACAUGGAAUCCCAAUGUCGGGAAGACGUAUCCAUAGAACAGAUGGGUCUACCUACGUUAUACCUUAUGAUGCUAAUACUAAGCAGAACAUCUAUUCAGUGGGAAGAAAUUACUUAAAUGGACUACUUUUACAAGAAUCUGAACAGUAUGAAAACGUGGAGCGGUAUUUCAAUCAUAAGUUGAUCGAAUCCAAUUUGAAGAAAGGCUCUUUAACAUUCCUAAAGACAGACACUAAUGAAACGGUCAAUGUAACCGCUGAUCUGAUCAUCGGGGCUGACGGUGCCUUCUCAGCAGUCCGCAAGGCGAUGAUGAAGCAGCCAUUCUUCGACUUCAGCCAGAAAUACAUUGAGCACGGGUACUUAGAACUCUGCAUUCCACCAGCUGAUAAUGGCGGUUUUCUGAUGCCAGCCAACUACCUCCACAUUUGGCCUAGGGGGGAGUUCAUGAUGAUCGCUUUACCGAAUCAGGAUUGUUCUUGGACCGUCACACUCUUCAUGCCCUUCACCAAGUUCAAGAAUUUGGACACCGAAGAAAAACUUCUAGCCUUCUUUGAGAAGUACUUCCCGGACUCAAUACCAUUGAUUGGUAAAAAGAAACUUGUUGAAGACUUCUUUGCUGUAUCGCCAUCACCUUUGGUUGCUGUUAAGUGUCGUCCUUACCACGUAGAAGAUAAGGCUCUUAUCAUCGGAGAUGCAGCUCACGCUGUAGUUCCGUUUUACGGUCAAGGUAUGAACGCGGGCUUUGAAGACUGUACGUUGUUAGAUCAGCUCUUCCAGAAACACAAUGAUAAUCUUGCUGAGAUCCUAAAGGAGUUCUCUGAGACCAGAUGGGAAGAUACAUUCGCUAUCAGUGACUUGGCCAUGUACAAUUAUAUUGAGAUGAGAGAUUUGGUAACGCGUCCAUCAUACAAGUUGCGUAAAGCGAUGGAUGACUUUAUAUUCUGGAUGCUGCCAAACUUCUGGGUGCCUCUGUACAACUCAGUCACAUUCUCCACCAUGCCUUACAGCCGUUGCAUCAAAAACCGCGAAUGGCAGGAUAGAGUCCUGAAGAAGUUUUUGUCAAUAGUUGGCAUCGGAGCGCUCAUAGGUGGCGCUGUUGCAUUCAAGAUUAAAUACUAUAGCUGAAAAUAAAUU